GAGACUUUCCUCUCGAAGCGGUAACGCUGUUCAAACACUGAGGCGUCAUGGCGGCGGCCAUCGAGAGGCUGCUGGCCGAGCUGGCCGAGUCGGAGGAGCCGAUGGAGGAGCUGAGGAGCCUCCGGACGGCCGUCAGCGCGGCCCCGCUCAGCGCCCUGAGGGAGAGCCUGUCCGCCGCGCAGCUGGGGCUCAUCUUCUCUCUGCUGAACACCAACGACAGGGAGCAGAUUGAGGUGUGCGUGGAGAUCCUGGGGCGUGUCUUGCAGGUGUUAGAUCCCGCCUACUUGGCCCAGAACUGCAAGGCAGAGCUGCAGAGUGGACUGAGCCAUCCUGAUGAUUCUGUUAAAGUGCUGGCUCUCACUCAGAUUGGUCGGGUGGUCAGCCACACGGAGGGGAUCACAGAGGUUCUGAGCAGUCCUGAAAUUCUGCGGGAUGUAAUCCAUUGUGUCGGGGCAGAACGUAUAGGCGUGGCUAAAGAGGCCAUAGCUGCCCUCAGCAAGCUGAGUAACACGAAGGCAGGGCUUGAUGCUCUGUUUCGCUCCGAUUUGCUGAAAGAACUGAAGGAUGUGAUGGCCACCAGUGAUGUCAUCAGGUACAGAGUGUAUGAGCUGGUGGUGGAGGUGUCCUCUGUAUCUCCUGUCUCUCUGGGUUACUGCGCCAACAGCAGCUUCAUCUCUCAGCUGCUGGAGGAACUGACCGGAGAUGAUGUACUCAUCAGAGCGACUGCUAUAGAGAUGGUCACAAGUUUGGCUCAGAGCCAGCAUGGCCGACUGUACCUGUCCCAGCAAGGCAUUAUGGACAAAAUAUCCAACAUGAUCAUCGCUGCAGACUCCGACCCGUUCUCCAGCUUCUACCUGCCCGGUCUGGUGAAGUUUUUCGGUAAUCUGGCGAUAAUGGACAGCCCUCAGCAGGUGUGCGAGACUUACCCAGCAUUCCUUAACAUGGUGUUCGCCAUGGCAAUGGACCCUGACCCAACACAGACACCCGUUGCCUUGGAUACGCUUGGAUUACUGGGAGGCACUGUGGAGGGCAAACAGGUCCUGCACAAAACAGGUGAAAAGUUGAAGACGGCGUUAAAGCGAAUGAGUCAGUUAGCGAGAGACGAAGCCACUGAGCUCAGAGUCAGGAGUCUGGAAGCCAUCGCUCAGCUGCUGACACUGCCCGUGGAGCGGCAGACAGACGACCUGCUGUUGCUGACAGAGUCGUGGUUCUCUUAUCUGAGCUCUCAGCCGAUGGAGAUGAUCAGAAACAUCAGCACACAGCCGUUCCCCGAGCUCCACUGCUGCGCUCUCCGCAUAUUCACUGCCAUAGCGUGCCAGGCGUGGGGCCAGCGCUUGAUGAUGUCGACGCCGGGUUUUGCAGAGUGGGUGGUGGACCGCUCGGUGGGGAAAGGCAAGGAGGCGAAGGACUGUAAGUUCGAGCUGGUGGGGGCGCUGCUGAGCUCAUCCAGCACACGAGAGAUUUUUGGAGCUCAGAACUACCUGAAGCUGAAAAGCUACCUGGAAGAGGGACCGUACUACGUCAGCGCCGUGUCCGCCGUCACCACCGAGGGAGCGGACUGAGUGGAAAACACAACAGAAACGGACCACCCGUUAAUACAUGCUGAUGUUAAUACACAGGAGCUGAUCCUGAGUUGAUCCUGUUGGGAUAAAGUGGUUCUCUGCAGUUCUCAUCCUCUCUCUGCGUUUCUCUCUCUCACAAAUACUCACAUCACUUACAGCCAAUUCCUGAUUAACUGCACUAAAUUGCAUCUGGUUCUUUUUCUACUGCUGUGAACUUUGUGUUUAUUAAAGUUUUUGAAGUUUUUGUCAGAUUGUA